UAAAUGCAUAUUUUAAGAAAAUUUCAUCAUAAUUUGGCGUAUACGUUAUUGAUUUGAUAUAUUUUUUUAUUGCGUUAUGUACCUGAAUGUUUUUUAUAAUUACGGGUUUAAGAGGAGGGCUGUGAUAACACGCUAUUGUUUUAGUUCCAUAAGCAUUUGUAAGUUUUGCACGAGAUUUGGUAAAAAUGGAUGAACGAAUUUCUGAUGAGAUUGAAGCUUUGGAAGCUAUUUUAAUGAAUGACGUCACUAUACAAUAUAAUAAGGAAACGAAUUAUCCAGAUAUGAUAGAGACUGUUGUCUUUCCUUCCACAAUGGAAGAUGCCCAACAACAAUAUGUUUGCAUCACGCUGCAAGUAUGGAUAACCCCUUCUUAUCCAGAUUGUGCACCUGUCAUCAAGCUGAAAAAUCCUAGAGGAUUAGAUGAUAAUAUGAUCAAUAGGAUUCAAAAAGAAGUUGAUAAGAAAAUGAACCAGUGUUUAGGGCAACCUGUGGUAUUUGAACUUAUAGAUGUGAUUCGAGAGCAUUUGACAGAUUCUAAUUUACCCUCUGGACAAUGUGUGAUAUGUUUAUAUGGAUUUCAAGAAGGAGAUUUAUUUACUAAGACCACAUGUUAUCACUACUUUCACAGUCAUUGUUUAGCAUGUCAUUUGGUUGCUGGAGAAAAGUACCAUAAAGAAGAGCAAGAAAAACUCCCAGCGUGGCAAAGGCAACAAAAUGCAGGUUUCAAAGCUCUUUGCCCAGUUUGCCGAGAACAAAUUGAUUGUGAUCUUGAAGUAUUGUCAUUAGCUACACCGCCAGUGGAAGUAGAACAAGCUCAAAAUUUUGAAUUAACUGCCGAAUUACGUGCUUUACAAACAAAAAUGUCUGAGCUGUAUUUACACCAGCAAAUGAAAGGAGGCAUUAUUGAUAUUGAAGCAGAACAAAAUAAACUAUUAUUAACAACUGCCAACUCUCAAGACGAAGAUGAGAAUAAUCAAAUUUCAAUAGAAUGUGGAGCAGUUUCACAACAAAGUACAGAUACUCAAAAUAAUUUAAAAGUAGUGCAGAAUGCAAAUGCAAAUGUAACAAAUUCGUCUGUUAAACAACAGCAAGGUACUGAAGAAGCUAAUCAGCAAGCAAAGCAAAAUGAUAUACAAAAGAAUCAUAAUAAAAAUAUCUAUAAAGGAGGACAUUAUAAAAAUUAUCAAAGAGGUGGCUAUAGAGGACGUGGAGGACAUCAUUCCAGGCGAAUGCAGAAUCGAACAAAUAGUGAUACUACUAACGGGGAUAGAUGAAGAUGGCUUACUCUUUUAGUAAAGUAUAUGUAUCAAUGUGAAGCGAUAAAGAAAUAUAUCAAGUCAUUAUA